GAGCUUCUGACUCUUGAUCUCAGCUCAGGUCAUGAUCCCAGGGUCAUGGGAUUGAGCCCCGUGUUGGGCUGCGUGCUGAGCAUGGGGAGCCUGCUUAAGAGUCUCUCUCCCUCUGCCCCUCUCCCCCACUCUCUCUCUCUCUCAAAUAAAUUUUUCAAAAAGUUCUGCAGUCCAGCCCCAGUGCAGGUGCCCCCUCCCCCGCAGCGGAGAGCAACUCACCCAGCAUCUGCUGAUGUGCCCAAGAGGAGCCCCCUCCCCUGAAGGUGGCAGCCACAGCUGACAAGGGAGCCCUUGAGAAAAAGUAGCACCCAUAGCAGCUGACUCGGGGUUUCGGGCAGUGGGAGUGCAGCUGCCCUGUUGCCCAAGGCUUGUGCUCUUUUGGGGGGCAACUCAGAAGGUGAGCUCAAGAAACAGAGCAUCACACUGAGGUCUGUGCCCAAGCGGGAAGAUGGGGCUGGGUCCACACCACCAUGAAAGGGCAGGCUGGGGACCGUUCCUGGCAGGCGCAUGCGUGUUGACUGAGCAUGAAUGAGUGGAUGUACCGACCAGCUGGGUCUUCAGGGUGGAGGAGACCAGUCCUGGAAGUCCAGGAGCCUCUCCGUGGAGGGGUUGCGGGCCUCGUGGGGAAGAGGGCCCUGGAUGCCCUGGGCAGCUCCAUCUGACUCUCCGCCCUACAAACAGGGCCCCAGAGGUCACGUCCAGCAGAGGACUUCAGGAGGCCCCCUGUGGCUGGGCCAGCUGGGGACCCACAGUCUGCCAACCCAAAAAGGGGGCCUGCAGACCUGCCUGAAGCAGAGCUGGAGCCUGUCCUGUGUGCAGGUGGCCUUCAUCCCAGCAGCAGGAAGCAGACCAUCCACCCAGGAGGCCCAGAGAGGAGGGUGCCGUUACUCCAAACCCUUAUCAACCCACUUUUCCUCAAAUGAGCUGGUUUCAAAGAAGGGGAAGACGGCAGCUCGGCAAGAAGCUGGCUCAGCUGUGCAAGCACUCACGUGCUCACGCUCCCUGGGAAGAGGAGCUGACAAGGACACACCCACUGUUCCACAGGCACCCUCGGGUGCCCUGUUUCCAGUUUCCAGGUAUCGAGCGACUGGCCUGGCUCUACGGCAGGGACUUUGCAGGCACGAGAGCCGGGGUUCUGCUGCUUCUCUGCCCGUGGGCUUUCCGGCAGUUGUUUCACCUGGGCCACGUGGCCCUAGUGAGGACUGCAGACCCAGAGGAGGAGGCCUUCCCCAGUUGAGACAUUGUGAGCAGAUACAAAGCGCCUGGAAGCAAUUGUGUCUCGCGUGGUUUAGGGGGACCAGGCUGAGCAAAGUUGCAGGAACUCACGUGACCAGGGGGAGGGCCCCAGCCAAGGCUACCUGUGGUUUCCACAGUGGGGUAGGCUGUUUGAGCCCCGUCCACACUUCCUGCUCCUUGAUGACUGGAAGGGUUGGCCCAGGGGCCAGGUGGGAGUGGGGCAGGACUGCCACGUGGAGCCUCGCUAGGGCCCAGCCACAGGCCUGCCCGGAGCUUGUGAGGACAGAGGGCUGGGUUCAGCAGGAGCCGGGUGGGUCCCCAUCAGGGGACUUCCUCUGGCAGAGCCGGGGCAGGGAGCCCUCUUGGAGAGGGAGGUGGGACUGUGGCACUACUAUCAUGGGCCCAUUCGUGAGUUUGCUGGGCCGGCUUUCUUGGGGUGCCUUCCCAUCUACAUCCACAAUUUUCCAAUCCUUUGAAGGCCAGGACAGACACCCAUCCCUCCAGGCAGCCUGCUGUGACCUCCCACCCAAGAGUCCCUGCUCCUUCCACUGAGGUCACCCAGCCUCACACAGUCCUGGUCCUGGAGCUGUCACUGUCUACCCCGUGUAAGCAUCCACCUGCCGUCCUCCCACCAGACUGAGCCACCUUCCCCUCGCCGUGUGGUGCCCGGUGCGGGUGUGCUGCCUCCUAGGGCCGCUACUGGGGGUGGGAGGGAGGCUUUCUGUCUCCAGCUGGACUCCCUCCUGGUCUCCGGCCCUCUAAGUCUCCCCACCGUCCCCACCUGCAUGUCAAAGAGGCGCGCCGAGGCUGAACACGUCCUCUGCCAGCAUCCAGGGGCUGAAAUGAAAACCCUGCUCCUCCCCUGGUUUUCUCUGUCUCGGGAAACGGAAACCACCCUUCCAGUUGCUCAGCUGCCAUUUAGUCCCCUCUCUCACACCCCUCGUCGGAGGCUGACUACCUUGAGCUUCAGAAUCUAUCCAGGCCCUGACCAGCUCUCCUCUCUCACCCGUACUGACCCCAGCCCCCUCCUCUUUUCCUGCCCACCUGCCACUCUCAGGCCAUCAGAGGGACCUCUUGAAAUGGCAACCAGUGUAUCACUCCUGCUGCAGGGACUCCCCAGGUCACACAGAGGAGACUCUCAAGUCCCGUCAGGGCUACUAGGCCCUGUACCCUGUGCCUGUCCCCCGCUGCAGGCAGCCCUCCCCCCCGACCCCCUGGGUCCCUCACUCCCUCCCUCAUCUCCUGCCAGCUUUGCCUCCCUAAACACCCAUCUUACGGGCAGAUCCCCCGACCUGAGUACUCAGCCUGCCCCACGGCCAUCUAGCGUCACAUGUCUCACUUUAAGAUUUUAAGUAAUUUCUACACCCAGUGUGGAGUUCAAACUUAAAACCCUGAGAUCAAGAGUCGCAUGCCCCACCGACUGAGCCAGCCAGGUGCCACUAGGUGUUUUAUCCUUACUGGCGGUCUCCCUCACCAGAACGAGAGCAGAGACUUGGGUCUGUUUUCCUCACCACUGAAUCCUCGGCAUCCAGGACAACGUCUAGCCCACGGUGGGGGCUCGUGAAUAGUUGCAGAGAAACACGAAGGCCGUUCCCUGAUCUCCAGCACUUGCGGCCUCAUCCUAGGGGCGAAACAGGUGGCAAUGCCGAGAGCUGAGUGGCUCCUGCCUCGGUACAGGCAGCAGAGGGCUUGGAGCUGAACCAGGAGCACCCCACCCCCACCGCACCACGGUAGAGCCCAGCCCUGGGGCUAGAUUCGGCCUCAAUUCCGCCCCCUGCCCCGCACCCCUCCGUGUGGGUCCCUCUAGCACUGAGACCCCACGUGGCCUAUCUGUACAGGCCUCAGUCAUUGUCUAUACCAGCUGCCCCUGGACCAGCAUCCACCUGCAGCCUCACCUCAUUAAAAAAGGCACGAUUGGGGCGCCUGGGUAGCUCAGUCGGUUGAGCGGCCGGCUUCGGGCAAGGUCAUGAUCUCGCGGUCUGUGAGUUCGAGCCCCGCGUCGGGCUCUGUGCUGACAGCUCGGAGCCUGGGGCCUGUUUCAGAUUCUGUGUCUCCCUCUCUCUGACCCUCCCCCGUUCAUGAUCUGUCUCUCUCUGUCUCAAAAAUAAAUAAACGUUAAAAAAAAAAUUAAAAAAAUAAAUUAAAAAGGCAUGAUCAUCAGAUCCUCCUCACAGCUCCUAAUGAGGAUUAUGAGCCAAUAACCGCAAAGCUCUCAGUGCCAAGCGUCAGAACUCUCAGUGACUAUUAGCAGUAAUCAUUAUUACGUGCCAGGCACUGUCAUGGGUCCUGGAAAUACAGAAAUGAACAAGACAGCAAGAUCUCUGCCAUCGGAGAACUUACACUGUAGUUGGGGAAUAGGAAAUAGGUAGGGUCAUGGAAAAUAACAGUUAAGGCAGAGGGGCUGGGACAUUUGCAGAGUCCUCUUGGAAGGCCUCUGGGAUGACAUAUGAGACCUGCAUGAGAGAGGGAAGGAGCUCUGGAAAAAUCUUGCAGGCAGAGUUUACAGCAAGUGCAAAGGGCCUGAGGGAGGCAUGAGCUUAGCAGAAAGAUGCAGGAAGGCCCUUAUGGCUGGAGCACAGCAAAGAGUGAAGGAGGGCAAAGUCCGAGCAUGGUCCCUGGUCUGAGCCUACAGACUCUACAGGGGCCUUUGCUGCCCACCCCAUCCCUGUCUUUUGUGGUUUGAGGAGUCUUUAGCUACAGGGGCCUGGGAAGGGGCAUAGCCCAGCAUCCUGGCCUUAAGCCUUUAGUCUGCACUGCCCUUCAGGGCACCCCAGGGAAAGGUUUCCCUUCAGUCAAAUGGGGGAGUGGGUCACUGUCUCCAAGGACAGAGGAUCUCACUGGCACUGGAUGUGACAAGGUGGCUGGGUCACUUCCAGGGCUGUGGUCUCUCUCACCUCCUCUCAACUCUCCGUGUCCCCCUCCUGUCCCACCCCACAUGCCCCAGGCUGGGGCAGCUGCCCAGUCAUACAAAGCGUAAGAUACUGUUGGGGGUAGAUAGAAGGAAGCACUUGUAGUCAUAGAUUCUUAUUUCCCGUCUCGGAUUUAAAAACUGUAAGGUCACAAAGCUGAAGUGAGGCAUAGAGCAGGGGUCACAGGUGACAGCUGUCCUCAUGUGGGGGCCUUUGGCAAUGGCUGUAGGCUCCCCACUCUCCUCCAGCUCCUUCCCAAAGCCACCAGGGAUGAUCCACGUGGACAAUGGGUGUUAUCUUAACAAAGCCUCCACGUUUGUGAUCUGUGGCACACCACCUUAGCACCCACACACGCUUUCUCUGAACUCCCAGUUUAAGACAAGUGUCCGGGGUCCCCCUAUAAUCCUUCCUACAAGGAAUUACGGAGCCAUACCGUUUAAAAACAUUCUGUGGAGUCAGACUGCCUGGAUUUGAAUCCACCUGGUAGCGGGGGAUGUUACUCAACCUCCCUAAGUCAUGGUUCCCACAUCUGUGAAGUGGGGAAGAGGUAAUCCUUAUGAAAAACUUUUUGGGGGCGCCUGGGUGGACUCUUGACCUCAGAGUUGGGAAUUCAAACCCCACGUUGGGUGUGGAGAUUAAGAUCUAAUUUUUUUAGUUUUAUUUAUUUUGAAAUAAAUAGCUGUGUUGUUAGUGCAGAGCCCAAUUAGGGUCUCAAACCCACAAACUGGGAGAUUACCACCUGAGCUGAAAUCAAGUCGGACACCUAUCCAAGCCACCCAGCUCAAAAAUCUUUUAAGACAUCUUAGGGGCGCCUGGAUGGCUCAGUCGGUUAAGCGUCAGACUUUGGCUUAGGUCACGAUCUCAGUGUGUGGA